AAACGUUAUUGGUCUAUUUUUAAAUUUUCAUUUUUGCUGAGAAUUUUUUUGCGCAUGUCUCAGGUAGCCUAUUCAAUGAACAGUUGAAUACGAAAUCGAUUAAAAUAAUUUGAAUUUUAUUUCAAUGAAAAUGUUGAAGAAAAUUAUUUUAGUUUCAAUGUUAUUGCAUACAAGCACACAAAAUGUUUUACCGAGCGGUAAUUUUGAAAAUUGUAGAGAAAGAAAUCGUUUAAUAACUAGUGAAAAAGGUGACCUCUAUGCUUUAGUUGAUGCAACUGUUGGAGAAAAAGUAAUCAUGCAAUGCCAUUAUUGUAAAGAAAUGGAUGAUACAAGACCGAAAGUUUGGUAUAAUAUGAAUGUUUUGGGAGUAUCUGAGCCUAAAGAAGUAGUAGUGACUAUGCAAAAUGAUAUCUCUAACAAUAGAAUACAAUUAACCUCUGAUCAUAGUCUGAUUAUUUUUAAUUUCACAAACAAUGAUACAGGAGUAUAUUAUUGUAUUGGAGUAGAAGAAAUAGAUAUCAUGGAAAAAAUCAAUUACCUAGUUGAUCUUGUGGAACAAUUCAAUGUUUCUAACGUUGAAUCGGGGAAUCUCACCGACUGGCUGAAAUAUCAUGAAGAUAACAUGUAUCCUAUCAAUUACUUGUUCAAAGACUCUCUCAGCCCAGAAUACGCUUAUCUCCGAGAAAAAUUAAAAAUAUCUUUAGAACUUAAAACUGACUGGGAUUUGUGGGGCCCUUGCGAAGUAUGUGGAAGAUCUAAGGGAAUAAAGAGUCGAAGAGGUCGAUGCCGUAUCAAAAUCGAGCAAAUUCAGAUAAGCGAAGAUUACAAACUGUUUACACAAGACGAGAAUUAUUUAGUUAAGGCUUUCGAAAUUUCUUGCAGAUCUAUGGUUAUAAAAAGGCUAGUACCUACAAUUUUCAAUUCCACUGUAAUCAUACCCGAUUUCAUUGAAAAUCAGGAGUGUGAGGGCAUUUGUAAUCCUGAUGCUUUAGGAGAGAAUGCUGGCUGGAAAACUGGAAAAACAAAAAAUUUCAAAUACAGAAAAACUGUUGUUAUGUCAGAGGGAGAUCACCUGAUAUUAAUAUGCCCUGAAUCUACACUGGAUAAUGAGAUCAUAUGGAAGAAAAAUGGUAAGUUAUUAAAAAAAGGAAUGUCUGUCAAACCGGAAAAGCCAAAUGAAGAACCUAGAAUCUUAGUGGAUACUUUCAGUACUUUGUAUUUGGUAGAAGUAAAACAUACAGAAGAAGGAAAUUACACUUGCCUUGUAGAUGGAAUACAAAUGCAGCAAGUUAUUGUAUUCGUCGUUUCGAAAUCUAAAAUUUUGACGAAAUUGUUUCUCAGGCAUUUGGCCUAUUUAGGAUUUGUGCUGUCUCUAACUUUAACUUGUUAUGUGGGUGGUCUUGUUGUAACUUGUAAAAGGCGGCAUGUCUUCAAAACAUAUAAGAUGUUGAAAGAGGAGGCAAGAAAGUUGGGUAAAGAAGAAGAUAGCGAGGAAGAAGAUUAAUAGUGAUUAUAUUUGCAAAUAAAUUGUUAUUGUUCGAAGAAUA